CUUUACGCAGUCUAUUUUAUCUUGUUGUAUGCCGGGAAGUUUCCCUUACCUUUGCCCUGCCCCUUUGUGUCAGUUUUGUUUUUGAACCGUAAAAUAUUGCUAUGACAAUAACGUUCACGUAUUACUCCACGAAACCAAGAGUGUCAGUCUCAGUGUGCCAUGUUGUAAUGGCGACAGAACACAGAGACCGCAAUCACCAAAGGCAUGUGAGCAUGUCCGCAAAAAAAAAUAUGCUAGGCAAGAUCAACGACAGUCUUAUAUAGUGGAUAUGUAAACAAUUUCAAA